AUGCGACGCUGGUACUGCCUUCCACUUGUGCCUCUAUGGGGGCUUGUUGGGCAGCGCGGAGUGUCGGGGGACGAUCGCUCUGCUGAUAGUAGCGCAUUUCUCAGUGAUGAUGAGGCCUUGCACGGAGAGCUUGCCUCCAUGCUAGAGACGGAGGGACACGCCGCCCCGUUGGACGCCAUGCAGCAGCACCCAUUAGAAGUCGCUGCAAUGGGCAGCAGCACUGGCACCAUUUACUUGGAGAAGCUUGCGCGUCCGCCUGCUCGUUUUGAUCUUCUCACAAAUUCUUUUGUAUACAAAUGGCAGACUAAGGCGGCAUUGGCGCGCAAAGUGUCGGGCCCAAUGCGGGAGUGGGCAGCUGAACUGAAGUAUAGAACAGGGGUACAUAUGGAGUUGGAACCCACCUUCCCUGAGCGGAUAUCGGAGGAUGCCACCGCCGGAGAUGAUAGUGAAGGAGGCGUCUAUGAGAACGCCGAUGAUGUGGAUAUCACUGUGUACCUCUUUGGGUCUGAGCGUGGUAUAUUUAACUGUCAUAAGUUGAUGGAAGCGGCAAUACAGCAGGAUCCUGUGUAUGUGCGUCUAGGUGUUUUUAGACGGGUGCCCAGCUCAAAGGAGGUUGAGUGGUUGAUGCUGCGCCGCAUCAAUCGCGAGAUGCGGCCACCGGACAUCCCACCCAUUUCGCUUAAACUUCCAGGAAAGUGGACACUGCUGUACGAACGCUACAAGGAGGCUGCUGUCCGCACGCUAUGGGAGGAAACAGGAAUUACCGUUGAUCCCAACCAUGUUUUCCCAACCGCGCAGCUGUACCAAACUUCUCCCAAGUACUACUGGCGUGUUCCGGUGCGUUACUUUGUGGCUGAAGUGCCACACGACGUGCGUGUGGAGGGACCACAGGUGGUGCCAACACAAUACAUGCGCAACUGGGACGGGCGCCUACUUCGCCAGUCUCCCGACCCCAUUGACCGUGCUUGGGCGCAGCUGGCGGACCCCAUCACGGGAUGUGCAUGGAUGAAGGCCCCCAUGAUUGACGAGCUGCAGAAACCGCUUCGAGGUGAGAUGUACAUGGCCACGCGGUACACGCCACCGCCGUACUCCAAUCUUCAGGAUGUGGUGGGUCUUGGCGAUGGCGACCAGGAGGCGCGAGCGACGGAAACUAGGGCCCCUCACCCUCCUGCAUAG